GGUUUUGCACUCCUUGCCUGAACAAUAGCCCCCUCGUUCAGUGCGCCGCUGCACGCGGUGUCUCCCGGGGCUCAAAUACAGACAGCUCUCCACGCGGGGUUCCGGAGGCGUGCGCCAGGCGGCGACAUGGGAAACGCAGAGCCAGAAUCGAGGCACCGGAGCUGGUCGCCUGUGGCCGCGUUGCUGUUGCUUGCAGUGGCGCUGCUGGCCCUGCCGUGCGUGCGCGGGCGCCCCACCGAGGAAGACGAAGUAUUGGUGCUGCCGCUAGUGGAGCGCAUCCCAGGACAGGAGACCAUGCGCCUGAGCCUAGAUGCCUUUGGUCGGCGGCUCCGCCUAGAGCUGCAACCAGACCACGGCUUCCUGGCGCCCGGUUUCACACUUCAGACCGUAGGGCGCCGACCAAGGUCCGAGGCGCUGCAUUCGGAGCCCGUCGGCGACUUGGCACAUUGCUUCUACUCUGGCACGGUGAACGACGACCCCGGCUCGGCCGCUGCUCUCAGCCUCUGUGAAGGCGUGCGUGGUGCCUUCUACUUGCAGGGUGAGGAAUUCUUCAUCCAGCCGGCUCCUGCUCCAGCCACCGUGCGCCUAGCCUCCGCGGGCGCCGAGGAAGAGCCUCUGCAGCAACCACAGUUCCACCUCUUGCAGCGGAGGCGGCGAGACGGCGGCGGCGGAGCCAAGUGCGGGGUCCUGGACGAGGAAACCUUACCCCCGAGGGGUGCAGGACCCAAGGGUGAAGAUGAGGGGGCUCAGUGGCCGCAGCAAGGCCGCAGCGCGCCGCAGCGCGCCGACCUGCCAACAGGAACUGGAAACAUAAGAAAGAAACGUUUUGUGUCCAGCCCCCGCUAUGUGGAAACCAUGCUGGUGGCUGACCAGUCAAUGGCAGAGUUCCACGGCAGUGGCCUGAAGCACUACCUCCUCACCUUGUUCUCUGUGGCGUCCAGGUUAUACAAACACCCUAGUAUUCGGAAUUCAGUUAGCCUGGUGGUGGUGAAGAUUCUGGUCAUCUAUGAGGAACAGAAGGGGCCAGAAGUGACCUCUAAUGCUGCUCUGACACUGCGAAACUUCUGCAGUUGGCAAAAGCAGCACAAUCCACCCAGUGACCGCGAUGCUGAGCACUAUGACACAGCCAUUCUUUUCACCAGACAGGACCUAUGUGGUGCCCAGACGUGUGACACUCUGGGGAUGGCUGAUGUUGGAACUAUGUGUGACCCCAGCAGAAGUUGCUCAGUCAUAGAAGAUGAUGGUUUACAAGCUGCCUUCACCACAGCCCAUGAAUUAGGCCACGUGUUUAACAUGCCGCAUGAUGAUGCAAAGCAGUGUGCCAGCAUUAAUGGCGUGAACCGAGAUUCCCACAUGAUGGCGUCAAUGCUCUCCAACCUGGACCGCAGCCAACCCUGGUCUCCCUGCAGCGCCUACAUGAUUACAUCAUUUCUGGAUAAUGGUCAUGGAGAAUGCUUGAUGGACAAGCCUCAGAACCCCAUACAGCUGCCGUCGGACCUCCCAGGCACCUUGUAUGAUGCCAACCGGCAGUGUCAGUUUACAUUUGGAGAGGACUCCAAGCACUGCCCCGACGCGGCCAGCACGUGCACAACGUUGUGGUGUACAGGCACCUCUGGCGGGCUGCUGGUGUGUCAAACCAAACACUUUCCUUGGGCAGAUGGGACCAGCUGUGGAGAAGGGCAGUGGUGUGUCAGUGGCAAGUGUGUGAACAAGACCGACGGGAAGCAUUUUGAUACUCCUGUUCAUGGAAGCUGGGGACCAUGGGGACCAUGGGGAGACUGCUCGAGGACCUGUGGUGGAGGAGUUCAGUAUACAAUGAGAGAAUGUGACAACCCCGUUCCAAAGAAUGGCGGGAAGUACUGUGAAGGCAAGCGAGUGCGCUACCGGUCCUGCAACAUUGAGGACUGUCCAGACAACAACGGAAAAACGUUCCGAGAGGAACAAUGUGAGGCACACAACGACUUUUCAAAAGCUUCCUUUGGGAGCGGGCCUGCUGUGGAGUGGACGCCCAAGUAUGCUGGCGUCUCCCCAAAGGACAGGUGCAAGCUCAUCUGCCAAGCCAAAGGGAUUGGCUACUUCUUCGUUUUGCAGCCCAAGGUUGUAGAUGGUACUCCAUGUAGCCCAGAUUCCACCUCUGUCUGUGUGCAAGGACAGUGCGUAAAAGCUGGUUGUGAUCGUAUCAUAGACUCCAAAAAGAAAUUUGAUAAAUGUGGCAUUUGUGGAGGAAAUGGAUCUACGUGUAAGAAAAUAUCAGGAUCUGUGACUAGUGCAAAACCAGGAUAUCAUGACAUUGUCACAAUUCCAGCUGGAGCCACAAACAUUGAAGUGAAACAGAGGAAUCAGAGGGGAUCCCGGAACAAUGGAAGCUUCCUUGCCAUCAAAGCUGCUGAUGGCACAUAUAUCCUUAAUGGUGACUUUACUCUGUCCACUUUAGAGCAAGACAUUACCUAUAAAGGUAGUGUCUUGAGGUACAGUGGCUCCUCGGCAGUGCUGGAAAGAAUUCUCAGCUUUAGUCCACUCAAAGAACCUUUAACUAUCCAGGUUCUUACUGUGGGCAAUGCCCUCCGGCCUAAAAUUAAGUAUACUUAUUUUGUGAAGAAAAAGAAGGAAUCUUUCAAUGCUAUCCCUACCUUCUCCGAAUGGGUCAUUGGAGAGUGGGGCGAAUGUUCCAAGUCAUGUGGAUCAGGGUGGCAGCGAAGAGUGGUGGAAUGCAUGGACAUCAAUAGAAAGCAGGCCACAGAGUGUGCCAAGGAAGUGAAGCCAGCCAGCACCAGGCCCUGCGCGGAAGUGCCCUGUCCACACUGGCAGCUGGGAGAGUGGUCCCCGUGCUCUAAGACUUGUGGGAAGGGUUACAAAAAGAGAACCUUAAAGUGUCUGUCCCAUGAUGGGGGCGUGUUGGCUCAUGAGAGUUGUGAUCCUUUAAAGAAACCUAAACAUUACAUAGACUUUUGCACACUGGCAGAAUGCAGUUAAGCAGAGUCAGUAAUGAGGGAAAAGCCAAGUGUGGAAGGGCUGAUGCACUGGAAUCAAGAAGGCUGGAGAGUCCCAAUGUACCUUGCAGGUCAAUGAGGAGUGUUAGUUAGAUGGGGGCUGGGAAGUAGACGGCAAAGACGUUAGAGAUCAUGUGCAUAUCCUGCCAUUUGCAAAUUUGAUAGACUAGUUAAUGAAGGCUAUUAAAAGAUGAAAAAAAGCCCAGAGUAUGAUAAUUAUGUCUUGUUACAUCUAUAACAAGUUUA